CCGAGUCACGUGGGGCGGUGCGCGCAGAGUGCGGCUGCGCCGGCCGGUAGCUGCAGCUGGAGCGGUGGCGUUUGGAGGAGACUCGAAACUGGAUGGCUUCUACAGGGAGCCAGGCCUCUGAUAUAGACAAGAUUCUUGGAUUCUUCAGUGAUGGCGCACCCCCCACCAAAAAGCCCAGGAAGCUGCUUCCAAGCUUAAAAACUAAGAAGCCCCGGGAGCUUGUGCUGGUGAUCGGAACAGGCAUUAGUGCUGCAGUUGCCCCUCAGGUUCCAGCCCUAAAGUCCUGGAAGGGGUUAAUUCAGGCCUUACUGGAUGCUGCCAUUGAUUUUGAUCUUCUAGAAGAUGAGGAAAGCAGAAAAUUUCAGAAAUGUCUCCAUGAGGACAAAAACCUUGUCCAUGUUGCCCAUGACCUUAUCCAGAAACUCUCUCCUAGAACUAGUAAUGUUCGGUCCACAUUUUUCAAAGACUGUUUAUAUGAAGUAUUUGAUGACUUGGAGUCAAAGAUGGAAGAUUCUGGAAAACAACUCCUUCAGUCAGUUCUCCACCUGAUGGAAAAUGGAGCCCUCGUAUUAACUACAAAUUUUGAUAAUCUCCUGGAACUGUAUGCAGCUGAUCAGGGAAAACAACUCGAAUCCCUUGACCUUACUGAUGAGAAAAAGGUUCUAGAGUGGGCUCAGGAGAAGCGGAAGCUGAGCGUCUUACACAUCCAUGGAGUCUACACCAAUCCUAGUGGCAUUGUCCUGCACCCAGCAGGGUAUCAGAAUGUGCUCAGGAACACUGAAGUUAUGAGAGAGAUUCAGAAACUGUAUGAGAACAAGUCAUUUCUUUUCCUGGGCUGUGGCUGGACUGUGGAUGAUACCACUUUCCAAGCCCUUUUUCUGGAGGCUGUGAAGCAUAAAUCUGACUUAGAACAUUUCAUGCUGGUUCGGAGAGGAGAUGUGGAUGAGUUCAAGAAGCUUCGAGAAAACAUGCUGGACAAAGGAAUUAAGGUCAUCUCCUAUGGAAAUGAAUAUGCUGAUCUCCCAGAAUAUUUCAGGCGCCUGACAUGUGAGAUCUCCACGAGGGGUAGAUCAGGUAAGAUGUAUUUUGACACUGAGAAUAACAGCUCCUUUUAUGUAUUUGUGGUGAGUAAAAUCAUUACCAACACAAGGACUAUAAUCCCAACCAUAUUAUGAAGGGAGAUCAUGGUUAGUCUUUGCGUUAGACUAAGCUGCCAUUUGGAUAUUAGGAAAGUGGACCAAGACAUAGUCAAGCAGUUUAAUAUAGAAGUGGGAAGAAUAAAAAAAUCAGCCUAAUUGUCAGUGAAAUGCAAUUAAAAUUUAGAUUGCAGGGCGCCUAGAUGGCUCAGUCAGUUAAGCGUCCGACUCUUGGUUUUGGCUCAGGUCAUGACCUCAUGGUCUCAUGAGUUCAGGCCCCACAUUCUGGCCCUGUGCUGUGCUGGCAGUGCAAAGCCUGCGUAGGAUUCUUACCUUCUCUCUGUCCCUCCCCCAGCUCAUGCUGUCUCUGUCUCUCUCAAAUAAACUUAAAAAAAAAAAUAGGGGCACCUGGGUGGCUCAGUCCAUUAAGCGUCUGCUUUCCUCAGGUGACAUGAUCUCAUGGUUUAUGGGUUCGAGCCCCGCAUCUGGGCUGUAAGCCCAGAGCCUGGAGCCUGUUUGGGAUUCUAUCUGUCCUUCUCUCUCUGCCCCUCCCCCAUUCGUGCUCUGCCUCUGUCUCUCUCACAAGUAAACAUUAAAAAAAAGUUUUUUAAUAAAAAAGUAAAAUAAUAAAAUUUAGAUUUCGAAAUCAAAAAGAAUGAUAGAUAACUCAGUUUUGGCUACAGCUAUGAGGAAAGAAAUGUAGUCACAUCAUGUUGGUGGGAAGGUAAAAUUAGUACAGCUUUUCUGAAGGGGAAGUUUUGGAAUAUUGCUCAAAAUUUAAAAACUUUUGACCUAGAAAUCCCACUUGAUGCAAUUUAUCUUACAUAUUUCUCCUAAGGAGAUAAUUAGACAAUUGCACAGUUAUACUACAUAACUGCAUAGAGAUAACAGGUGCGGGAAUGUAAUCAGUUUUGAAUAUAAUGGCCAAAAAAAAAAAAAAAAGGAAGCAACCUAAAAUAUUCCAGUUAAUAUGGAAUUUGCAAAUACAUCAGCAUUUUUUGAUGAAACACAAUCCAUAAGAGGGAAAAUUUUGUUGCCCAAAAAGACAUCAGACACCUAACACUGUGCAUAAAGAACAGCAGGUUGUAGAAUGCCAUGGUCCGUCCUAUUCAUACAGAAUUGUAGAUGUAUUCUAUUUUUGUUUGUGUCUGUAUUGAGAAAUAUCUGGAAUGAUGUUUAUUAAAUUAACUGUGGUUUCUUUUUGGGGUAGGAUAUAAGGUGUUUCUUUUUUAGUAUUUUUCUGUUAGCAUUUCCAACAGUGAUAAAGAUAUGUAUUAUCUUUACAAAUAGAAAAAACACCUAAAAUAUUAUUUGGAAACUGUUAUGGUGGUAUUAAACAUAGAGGUUAGUGGUACCACUCGUUAUUUUACCUCCAGCUUUUUUUUUUUUUUUUUUUAA